AUGAGCACCCGGCCAAAGGAGCGGCCCGGCCACUGGCCCUGGCAGCGAGCGCCUGACAAACGUGAGGCACACCAUGGCAGCCCUGACCCAGGGCUCACUCCAUCUCCUCCCUUGGCAGCUUCUCCACAGGUUCAGGAAGGAGUGCAGAACCACAGGCUGACGCAGGAGAUACGGGCCAGCAGGCAGAUGUCAAGCAGGAAGACGAAGGCCCCACUGGCCUCCAUGGACUCCCUGGGCUCCCUGCUAAGAACACCACAAAGAGAGAGUCUGGACCCACUGGCCUCCAUGGACACCCUGGGCUCCGCAGGCUCCUUGCUGAGGAGCAGCGCCUCUUCCCACAGCUCCCUGCCAAGGAAGGCCGCUGUGGGCUCCUGGCGCUACGACUCCCUGACCUCCCUGGCCCCCUUGCCAAGGAGCAGGUGUUCUUCUGGAGCCUCCCUUUCACGGAACACCUCUGUGGACUCCAUGGGCUACAUGGAUUCCCUGACCUCCCUGGCUUCCUUGCCAAGGAGCAGGUGUUCUUCUUGGACCACCCUUUCAAGGAAGGCCUCCAUGGACUCCCUGCCCUGCCUGCACCCUGAGCAGCUGAGCUGCUCCUCUUCCAUGGGCUCCAUAUCACGGAAGACAUACACCUCCUCCUUUCCAGAACCCUGCCAUGGUGUGAUGGCAGAGGUGUCAGUGAGCACCUGCUCGGAACACCCCGUGUCUCCUGCGGCUGCCAAGAGGCUGGUGGGGCACCCAGGGCCAGACCCUGGCCAGGACUCCCUGCUGGAACUGCCGGUGGGGACCAAGCAGGUGCAGGUCCCUCAGCACGAGGGGGACAGGACACAGAGCCCCGUGCGUGUGGAGACGUCCUGCAGCAGAACCCCAGCCACAGACAUAAGCACAAAUGAGCAUGUCCUUAAGUGCUUCCAUGCUUUCCAGGCUGCUGAAGCAUCACUCCGGCAGCUCCGCAAGGAGCACAUGAAGGCAGAACUGGCCAGGAGGCAAAGAGCCUUGGGGGCCAGUGUCAAAGCAGUAAUCAGCAACAUGGAGCAGGAUUUAGAAGUGUUUCAGGAACAAGCUGGCACUAAAGCUUCUCCAUGUGAAACUGGACUUCAGGAAUUAGUGCAUCAAAUUGACAUAAUGAUAAACAGCAAAAAAAUGGAAUGGGAAAGGAAGAUGAAAGCUUUAGAAGCAAAGGUGGAUAUCCAGGAUAAAGAAUUAGCAAGUGCCCAAAGCAAACUGGAUCAGAAAGGUCAAGAGAUAGGACUACUUCGACAGAAACUGGAAGACUUACAAAAAACUAAAUAUGAAAUGGCUCAGAAUUAUGAAACUCAGCUUCAAGCACUGAAAUCUCAAUUUUCAAAGUUGGCACAUAGCUAUGAAAAGCUACAGUCACAUCAGUUAAAACAAAAAAAGGCUGAAGGUAGAGAAGGAUGUGAGGAAAGCCUAGAGACACCAUCUGCAGUGAGCAGUUUAUACAAGCAACUGGAGGAAUUGAAGGCAAAAUCAGGAGAAUGGGAUAAGAAGAGGACAAUCUGCCAAAAUUAUCUCCUUUAUUUAGAUGCUCAACAAAAAUUAUUGUCUGAAAAAUGUGAUUUAUUUCAGAAGCAGACCCAGAAUUAUCGAUUCCAAAUAAGCAAUGAGAAAAAAAACCAAGAAGGAGUAAUUACCUGUGGCCAGCCUGAAAGUGAAAAUGAUGAGUUGAUUAUGGAAAAGCUAAAGACAACUGUGAAUGAAAUAGCAAUAAACAACAACAAACUAGAAGAGGAAAAUCUGAAACUCCGGGAGGAUAUAAAAAUGUACCAAAACCAUUGUCAGAACAUGGAGGCAGGACUUUCAGAAAUGAGAAAUGAGCUGCAGUCACGAGAUGCUCUCUGGAGAAGGAUACAGCUGGAAUGCCAACAGUUACACACAGAAUUAUUGAAAGUUAAAGAGCAUAAAGAUAUGCAGGAAAUUCAAAUAAAGCAUCAGUCAUCUUGUGUACAACUCACUGAACAACUAGAAAAUAAAAACGCUGAGUUACUGCUGUUGGCACAAAGUCAAGAACACCAAAGAGAAGAGCUAAACAAGAUAAGAAACCACCUUUAUCACGAGGAGCAGUCCCAUCGCUCUGAGCAGGAAAGAAUGAAGACAGAAAUCUCUGACCUGACAGAAGAGCUUCACCAGAAGGACAUCACUAUAGCAACUAUCUUGGAGAAAGCUAGUCUUCUGGACAGACGGUUAAAAAUGGAGUUAGAGAUAAAAGACAAAUUGUUAGCAAAACAACAGUUUUUGGAUUUCCAAUAUCAAGUUAUCAAAUCUGAAAACAUACAUCUAAAAGAGAUGGUGGAAAACCAGGAGUGUAAAAGUUGCAUGAUUAUAGAUUUCUCUAACAAAGAGCAUGGAAAUUUCAGCACUUCUGUUCACAAAUUUAAGCAUGAGAAUGUAAGAUUACAAAAUAGUCUUGUUGAACUACAAAAUGGCACAGAAACAUCAACACUGCGUCUCAUGGAUACACGUGGAGAAACAGAGCACAACUUCCAAACUUGUUUGAAGAUGCAAGAAAAGGUGGAGAGAACUUUCCAAAAGAAAGAUGCAUGGGAAAUGGAACAACAACAGACUGCUGUACUCACAGCCAAUGGAUACCACAGGAACUGUUGUCCUUCUUUAUAUGGCCAAGGAAGCAUUACUGGUUCAAAAAGUGAUAGCACUUUGUCUUCUUAUACACUGGAGAGAGGGCAUGAAACAAAACCAGAUGAUAAAUCUCCAUCACCAGCAGGGUAUCCUCUGGGCUUUGGUGGGCUCUGCCCUGAAAAGGCCACAACAGGCAGCUUACUGAGCCCUGCUUACAAUGCAGAAGAAAUCCAAUUAUCUCCUCCCCCUGAGUUGUCCUUCCUUGCAACCACAGAAAAGUUCCUUCAACAGGAAGAGAAACAUACGAGAGAGUUUGAAGAACGUUUAAAUUUACACAUUGAAGAACUGCAAAGACAUUCUGAAAAUACUGUAAAAAACUAUGCCAGGAGCCAGCAGUGCAGGCAUACUUAA